AUGAAUCAACAACAAAAUUUAUUAAUUGCUUCAUCACUUGAUGGUCUUAUUAAAAUAUUUAAUAUUCAAACAAAUGAAUUGAUUCAACAAUUAACAACAUCAACAAGUCAAUCAAUUAUUUCAAUGAU